AUGGACACCAAUGAACGCCUAGUUUGCUCUUCAUCAGUAUUAGCACCCUGUGGGACACCUAAUGAAAACAAUUUAGAAGAUUUGGUUGACAUCUGGAAAAAGAUGAGUCUGUCAAGACAAGGGCAGUUUUGUCAGAAGCAUGGGUGUUUUAUCUUUAACGAAGCUGAUAUGACUCCCACCAUAGAAGAAUAUUCGGUCUUAUUGGGUUUGCAUCUAAAGACUCCUGACAAGAUAUAUUUGGAAGGUGCCAGAGUGAGAUGGUUAGUCCCAUGGAUGAAUCGAGAGCCUAUGUUAUUCCAAUGUGGAGAUAAUACAGUGGUUCCACUUCUAGGUUUAUGGGGAGUGACGAAUUAUGCACCGCUCUUAGUGAGGAGACAAUUGGGGGGAGAACAGGCCAAAGGGAUAACCAUUGUCGAGCUGACUGAGGAAAACACAAGACUGAAGCAAGAGUAUGCCGAAUUGGAAGAAGAAAGUACUGAAGCACAGGCAGAAAUUAACAUGCUAAACAGUUAUUUGAGCGGGCUAAGUCAAAGAUAUGGUACUCAAGGUUCCAGGAUAGCUCCGUCUAGCGAAAAUCCUACCCAUCGAUUCAACACAAGAUUCAGAGUAAGGCAAAUGGAGCAGGAAAAUUCCCAAAGAUUUGAAAAGAUAGAGAAAGCCCAGGAGAAGAUUGAGGGUGAGCUAAGCAAGAUUCUGGAGCAUAAGUUCAAGGUACCAAAAUUUGAAAAAUAUGAUGGUACAAAGUGCCCCAAAACCCACAUCACCAUGUAUUGCAGGAAGAUGGCAGCUCAUGCACAGGAUGAGAAACUCUUGAUGCAUGUUUUCCAAGACAGUCUUACUGGCUCUGCGGCCAGAUGGUAUGUUCAGCUGGACAGGACUCGCAUUCGCUCGUGGAGCGAUAUGGCACAUGACUUUAUCAGUCAAUACCGACAUAUCAUCGAUUUGGCCCCAGAUCGUUUGUCUUUGCAGAAUCUGGAGAAAAAGGCAAACGAAUCUUUUAAAGAGUAUGCCCAGAGGUGGAGAGAUAUUGCUUCUCAGGUACAGCCUCCUCUGACCGAGAAAGAAACUACAGUGCUAUUUGUUAGCACUUUAAAACCUCCCUAUUAUGAAAAGAUGAUAGGGAAUGCAACAAAAAAUUUUGCCGAUAUGGUAAUUUCGGGAGAAAUCAUUGAGAGCGCCAUCAAGAAUGGCAAGCUAGAAGGGAAUGAAGCAUCUGGCAAAAGAAUCCCGAAGAAAAAAGAAACUGAAGCUCAGGCUGUGAGCUUUGAUAGACAGCAACUUAGGGGUUAUUCACCCUACCCCCCACCAGAAUAUCUACCCUAUCACCCCACUGUAAAUAACACUUCUUUUCACCCAUACCAACCACCAUACCCCCAAACCUAUCAAACCUCUCAUAGACCCCAAAACACCAUGUACAGUUCUAACAUUCAACCUACCCCAAAACCACAAAUUCGCCCAACUAACCCUGCUGGUGGCUCGCGGGAGCAACGAACCACUCGCGAAAGACCUAUUUUUGACCCUAUUCCCAUGACCUAUACGGAAUUAUACAAGGAGCUCUACAACAAUCAUUUGAUUGCUCCAAGUAAAUUGGAACCCCUCAAGCCACCUUACCCCAAGUGGUAUGAUCCCACUGCCCACUGUGACUACCAUUAUGGGAUUGCUGGUCACUCCACCGAAAAUUGCACUACUCUGAAAUAUAAAGUGCAACGGUUGAUCAAGGAUGGGAUGAUCUGCUUUGACACUGGAGGGAUGACUGCACCAAAUGUUAGUGGCAAUCCUUUGCCAAAUCAUAAUGUGAAUGUUAUAGGUGAAGAGCAUGAGCGCCAUGUGAAGAAAGAAGUGGUAGAUAUUAAGACACCUCUCGAUCAAUUGUUUGAUGUCUUACGAAAAGCAGACAUGAUACAACUGGUAAGUCCACACAGCUAUCAUGGAGCAUAUAUAGCUGGUACUAGUUGUAAGUAUCAUAGUGGGGCAAGAGGCCACUCCAUUGAGACCUGUAAACAGUUUCACCGAGAGGUGCAAAAACUUUUGAAUUCACAUCAGAUGGAGGUCUACGAAGAAAAAGAAAGCUUGAAGAAUGCUGAGGUGUGCAUGACUGAUAGGCCUGAAAAGCUGUUUCCCAAACCAGUGACAAUUCGGUGUGGAAACAAACCAAAAUCAGUCAUAGACAAGCUCCUCCCUAGGCCGGUAACUUUUAAAGUCCCGACUCCUUUUCCAUACAAAGAUGAUAAAGCUGUGCCCUGGAGAUAUGGAUGUGACACUGUAGUGCAGGGGCAAAAAGAAGAGGUCUCCAAAGCUGAUGCUUCCAAUAUUACUGGUGUAGGAGGCAUUACUCGAAGUGGGAGAUGUUACACCCCAGAAAUGCUAGAGAAGGCUAGAAGGGAGAAGGCUAAAGAAGGAGAAAGACGAAAUAAUCCAGAGAUAGAGCCUGAAGAAGAUCAGCCAAAGCCAGUAUCAGAAAGGGAGGUUUGUGAAUUCUUGAAGCUGGUAAAACAUAGCGAAUAUUCAGUUGAACAGUUGAAUAAAAUGCCAGCUCGAAUCUCAUUGUUAUCACUGUUGCUGAACUCAGAGCCACAUCGGAAUGCCUUGCUGAAAGUGUUGAAUAGGGCAUACGUGGCACAUAACGUGUCUGUCGAAUAUGUGAAUCACUUGGCUGGAAACUUAUCAUGCCAAAUCACAUUUUCAUUCAGUGAUGAUGAGAUUUCUUUGGAGGAAAGAGAAAUGCUAAGGGCCUUGCAUAUCACAGUAAAGUGCCAGAGCCAUAUCAUAGCUAAAGUCCUUAUCGAUAAUGGUUCUGCCAUCAAUGUCAUGCCUAUGUCAACUUUGGCAAGGCUACCCAUCGACUAUUCUCAUAUGCGAGAUAGUCAGAUGAUUGUGAGAGCCUUUGAUGGGACCAGAAAAGAAGUCCUGGGAGAUAUUGAGAUGCCCUUACAAAUUGGGCUGCACUUCAAUGUAAAAUUUCAAGUGAUGGACAUCUCUCCUUCCUACAGCUGUUUAUUAGGAAGACCAUGGAUUCACAUGGCAGGAGCUGUGCCCUCUACUUUACAUCAAAAGAUCAAGUUCAAUGUAGAAGGUCAAUUGGUAGUAGUAGUUGGGGAGGAAGACAUGCUGGUGACUCAACCAUUGAACACUCCAUAUGUAGAGGCUGCUGAAGAAGCAUUGGAAUGCUCCUAUCGAUCUUUUGAAUUGGUCAAUACUGUAGGUGAAGGAUUCCAAAGUCAGCCUUUUUCAAAUAUAGUGGUGAGCCAAGUCAUCAAUAAAGGCUGGUGUCCAGGACUAGGGCUAGGCAAAAAUUUACAGGGAAUUAAAGAACCUCCAACAAUAGCAGACAAUAGCGAUAGGGCAGGCUUAGGCUAUGAGAUGGCAGAGUGGGAAGUCAAAAGGAGGCCAUCAAGAAAGACACCAAGACUGAUGUUCAUCCCACACUUGUAUGAAACCUUCAGACCUGGAGGAUUCAUGAACCCAGAUGCUAGAAAAAGUGUGGAAGAUGAUUUUGCCCAGUUAGCCAUUAAUGCUGUUGAAGAUGAGGUGAGGGUAAAUCAAGAAGAGUGGGUUCGUCUCUGUCCACCAGAUUAUGAGCUGAACAAUUGGAGUGUUAUCGAGAUGCCUUCGACUUUUGAUUUAGAUGAAGAGAAUUCUGAAGAAUAUGUUAUGCCUCCGGACCUAAUGAGGAUGAUUGAACAAGAAAAUAAGUCGAUUGAGCCCCAUCAAGAGUUAGUAGACUUAGUGAAUCUGGGAGAUGUAAAAAAUAGGAAAGAGGUCAGAAUGGGCACUUCACUUUCAUCUGAAGAUAGGCAACGACUGACAGACCUACUCCGAGAAUUUGUAGAUAUAUUCGCUUGGUCUUAUCAGGAUAUGCCAGGGCUGAGCACAGAGAUAGUGGAGCACAGAUUGCCUCUAAGGCCAGAAUGUAAGCCAGUUCAACAGAAACUGAGACGGAUGAAGCCCGAAAUGCUACUAAAGAUUAAAGAGGAGGUGAAGAAACAAUUCGAUGCAGGUUUUCUACAAGUGGCUAAGUAUCCAGAAUGGGUAGCCAAUAUAGUCCCAGUUCCUAAGAAAGAUGGAAAAGUACGAAUGUGUGUGGACUAUCGAGAUUUGAAUAAGGCUAGCCCAAAGGAUAACUUUCCUUUGCCUCAUAUUGACACACUAGUAGAUAACACGGCUAAGCAUUCGAUUUUCUCCUUUAUGGAUGGUUUCUCGGGGUAUAAUCAGAUAAAGAUGGCUGCAGAUGAUAUGGAAAAGACUACUUUUGUGACCAUGUGGGGAACUUUCUGCUACAAAGUCAUGCCUUUUGGGUUAAAGAAUGCUGGGGCAACAUAUCAAAGGGCCAUGGUAACACUCUUCCAUGACAUGAUGCACAAAGAGAUCGAAGUGUAUGUAGAUGAUAUGAUUGCAAAGUCUUGUGGGGAUGGAGAUCAUGUCACCAGCCUCAGAAAGUUAUUUGAGAGGUUGAGAAAAUUUCAGCUAAAAUUAAACCCAACCAAGUGCACCUUUGGGGUAAAGUCAGGGAAGUUGCUAGGCUUCGUAGUCAAUGAAAGAGGAAUUGAAGUCGAUCCCGACAAGAUACGAGCCAUCCAAAAUUUGUCACCUCCUAGCACACUAAAAGAAGUUCGAGGUUUUUUGGGUAGAUUGAACUACAUUUCUCGGUUCAUCUCUCAGCUUACCUACAAAUGUGAUCCCAUCUUUAAGCUUCUCCGUAAAGAUAAUCCUGGAAAGUGGAAUGAAGAAUGUCAAAAGGCGUUCGAUAAAAUCAAGCAAUAUUUAUCGAACCCUCCAGUAUUGGUGCCACCUGUUUCAGGAAAACCUUUAAUUUUGUACCUAACUGUAUGUGAAAAUUCAAUGGGAUGUGUGCUGGGGCAGCAAGAUGAGGCUAGCCGAAAGGAGAGAGCUAUUUAUUAUCUGAGUAAAAAGUUCACUGAAUACGAAUCCAAGUAUUCUUCACUGGAGAAAAUGUGUUGUGCAUUAGCGUGGACUACCAAAAGACUUAGACAGUACAUGCUCUAUCACACUACAUGGCUCAUAGCGAAAUUGGAUCCCAUUAAGUACAUCUUCGAGAAGCCUUCUUUGUCUGGGAGAAUCGCUAGAUGGCAAGUAAUGCUCUCGGAAUACGACAUUAUAUACGUGAGCCAAAAAGCAAUAAAAGGGGGUGCUAUAGCAGAAUUUCUUGCAGAUCGUGCUACUGAAGAGUAUGAGCCGAUGAAGCUAGAAUUUCCUGAUGAAGACUUGAUGACUAUUUCUCAACUGGAAGAAAGGGAGCAUGGAGAAAAAUGUUGGAGAAUGUACUUUGAUGGAGCUGCCAAUGCCUUGGGGCAUGGAAUUGGGGCAAUUUUGAUUUCUCCAGAAGAACAAUACUACCCUGUAACAGCGAGGUUAAAUUUUAAUUACACAAAUAACAUCGCUGAGUAUGAGGCAUGUGUUAUGGGCCUGCAAGCUGCUAUAGAAAGAAGAGUGAAAGCACUGAAAGUGUUUGGAGACUUAGCUCUAGUUAUAUACCAGUUGAAAGGAGAAUGGGAGACGAGAGACUCAAAACUCGUUCCAUAUCAUAAGUAUAUUCUAGAGUUGAUGAAACAAUUUGAAGAUGUCCAGUUCGAUCACUUACUUCGAGAAAAAAAUGUGAUUGCUGAUGCAUUGGCUACUCUGGCUGCAAUGAUUCGAAUUAAUGAUGACAUUGACAUUCAGCCCAUAAAGUUAGAUGUUAAGAAUAUACCAGCGUAUUGUUCUAAUGUAGAGGGGGAAGAAGAUGGAAAACCCUGGUAUUAUGACAUCUUACAGUAUGUCAAGGAUCAGCAAUAUCCAGUUCAUGCAACAGAAAAUGAUAAAAGGGUCAUCCGAAGAUUGGCUAUGAGCUUUUUCCUGGACGGGGAUAUCCUUUACAAAAGAAGCAAGGAUCAAGUACUAUUGAGGUGUGUAAAUGAGACUGAAGCGAAAAAAAUCAUUGAAGAGGUGCAUGAUGGAAUAUGUGGGGCACAUACUAGUGGACAUAUGAUGGCAAGACAGAUUAUGAGAGCGGGAUAUUACUGGUUGACGAUGGAGAAUGAUUGCAUUGACUAUGCUCGUAAAUGCCAUAAAUGCCAGAUAUAUGCUGAUAAGAUUCAUGCUCCGCCGUCUGCUUUACAUGUUAUGGCACCACCAUGGCCAUUUUCAAUGUGGGGCAUGGAUGUCAUUGGUCCAAUCACCCCAAAGGCUUCUAACAGGCACAGAUUCAUUUUUGUGAUGAUAGAUUACUUCACAAAAUGGGUAGAAGCAGCUUCAUAUGCAAAUGUGACACACUCUGUGGUUUGCAAGUUCAUAAAAAAGGAGAUCAUCUGUAGAUAUGGACUUCCGGAGAAAAUUAUUUCAGACAAUGCCAAGAAUCUGAAUAGCAAGAUGAUGCAAGAAAUAUGUGCUCAAUAUAAGAUCAAGCAUCAUAACUCGGCACCAUACCGUCCAAAAAUGAAUGGGGCAGUUGAGGCAGCCAAUAAGAACAUAAAGAGGAUUUUGGAAAAAAUGACCGAGACUUACAAAGAUUGGCAUGAGAAGUUGCCAUUCGCAUUGCAUGCAUAUCGAACGUCAGUUCGUACCUCUACUGGGGCAACCCCAUUUUCGUUGGUUUAUGGGAUGGAGGCUGUACUACCAGUGGAAGUAGAGAUCCCCUCUUUGAGAGUCUUAAAAGAAGUUGAGUUAGAAGAGGCUGAAUGGAUUCGAGAACGUUAUGAGCAGUUAAAUUUCAUAGAAGAAAAGAGAUUGACUGCACUGUGCCAUGGUCAGCUAUACCAAAGAAGAAUGAUGAGGGCUCAUGAUAAGAAAACUCGACCUCGUUGCUUUCGAGAAGGAGAGUUGGUUUUGAAAAGAAUUCUCCCAAUCCAGCACGAUAGUAGAGGAAAAUGGACUCCGAAUUGGGAAGGGCCGUAUGUGGUGAAACGGGCCUUUUCGGGUGGAGCGUUGAUACUGACUGAGAUGGAUGGAAAUGAUUUACCCCAUCCUGUAAAUUCUGAUGCUGUGAAGAAAUACUAUGCUUGA